AUGGCCAGACCCCAACAACGUUAUCGUGGAGUCAGGCAAAGGCACUGGGGCUCUUGGGUCUCUGAAAUUCGCCACCCUUUAUUGAAGACUAGAAUUUGGCUUGGAACCUUUGAAACUGCAGAAGAUGCAGCAAGAGCAUAUGAUGAAGCAGCUAGGCUCAUGUGUGGGCAAAAAGCACGCACCAAUUUCCCAUACAACCCCAAUGAACCACAUUCAUCCUCGUCCAAGCUUCUCUCGGCCACUUUAACGGCUAAGUUACACAAGUGUCACAUGGCCUCGCUUUCCCUUCAAAUGGCCAAGCAAAAUCCACCACAAGACAAAGAGCCUCAACCCUCACAAGGGUCCAAUUCAUUUACCUCUGCCAAUGUCAUUGAUGCAUCAAGCUCUGACACUGGUUUUAGAUGGCCAGAGAACAGACACGAGGACUUAAGAUGGCUUGAAGGGAAUUGGGUUAGCGUGGCGGGCCAAGUUGAAGUUUCCCAUCAACAAUUUCAGCCAGUUCUUGAAGAUGAUCACAUAGAGCAGAUGAUUCAGGAGUUGCUUGAUUAUGGGUCAAUUGAGCUUUCCUCUGUUGGCUCAACCUAG